ACUCAUGGCGCCCGACUAGAAAGAAUCGACAAUUAUCGGUUGCUAUGUUGGAAUCUACUCGGCGCCUCUACGCUACAGGAUAAUCGUCCCCUCAGAAAUACAGGCUAUGGACUCAGAGGAGAAUGAGGUGGAGAGCAGCAGUGAUGCCGGCCCAUCGGGGAUGGAGGAGCCGUCUGAAAGCGGCAUGGGCAUGGAAUCAUCCGAGGCAAUGUCUGCAGACAGCAGUGAUACUGCUGCCUCCCACGCUCAGGCCCCAGAGUCGGACUGUCACGUGGGACAGAGCUCGGAAGGACUCGUGGUGUUCAUCCCAGAGACCAGCUCCAGUACAGAUGUCCGAGUUUCCUCCGUUCAUCUCCCAGACUCGUCUUCCGUGGCUCAGUCCACCAGCGUGUCCAGCGUCUCCACGGUGACCCAGUCAGUGCUGGUGUCUGAGUCGGCUCAAGUGCUGGUCCACUCCAGUGCGGUGUCUGAUGGAGCCAUGAUGGUUUCGGACUCCACUGCCUCUACCUCAUCAGAUCUGGGGUCUGCCAUUGACAAGAUCAUCGAGUCCACCAUCGGUCCUGAUCUCAUGAACGGUUGUAUAGCUGUGACCAGCGCAGAGGAUGGAGGAGCAGAAACCACCCAGUACCUGAUUUUACAAGGACCAGAUGACGGGGCUCCUAUGGUAGCCCACAUGUCGUCUUCGGCCAUGUCCAACCGUGUAGCCAUAGAAGCUCAUGCUGACGGCCCCACAUCCACCUGCCAGGAUCAGGGAGACCCGCAGGGCAGUCCUGAGCCAGACCAGCCCGAUGACCAUCCGGGCCACUCUGGUUACAGAGAAGAGACCAGCAGCCAGCCCGACCAGCCCCAACAUUCCCACCCAUCCCAGUAUAUGGACUGCAGCGCGGACGGUCCCGACCAGACCGAAGAGUCUUCAUCGUCGUUUCUGGAGUGUUCGGGAGAGGAACCCGACCAGACUCGCUCCCAGUCAGGCUUCCCUUACUACAGAGGGAAUACCAGUAGCCAGGAACUGCCUGGAUACGUGGAAUACAGCGGAGCGGACUCAAACCCCACCAGCAGAAGUCACUACGGGGUUGAUUGCAGCACCGGGUAUCUCCAGCGCGCAGCAGAUGACAGAGAACAGCCGCAUCAUUCGCGCAGCUACAUCGACAGCAGCGCCGACCACCGGAACCAGACGAGCCGACAGUACGCAGGGGAGUCUGGAGGGGAAUGCGUUGCCGCCGCAGACUCGGAGCAGCCCGGCUGUUCGCGUUAUCAAGCCAGACGUGACAACAUCGACGACGACGACGACGACGAUGAGCAGAACCAGGACCCGGAUCAGCCGCAGCACUCUCAGCAGCAGCCACAGCACUCGUGCUACACGGAGAACAGCAACGGCCCCGAGGCGUCCUUUUAUCACGAUGACAGCUCCUCGUCAGACCACCCGCUGGCAGACACGGCAGGCACGAAUGGCCUCCCUGAGGCGCUGGAAUGUAACGAGAGCCAGCCCGGUCUGUACAUCAGCAGCAGCGGCACAUAUGCUUCUAAUCAAGAACCUGAGCUGGCCCAACAGAGCUCCCCCGGCCGAGAGGAGCCUCAGGGCUCCCACGAAGAACCUGGGUUCUCCAGGGACGUUGAGACCACGGCCGAGGCGGGGGGCUCUGGAGACCACCAACCAAACCUGGCCGAGUUAGAGGAGAUGAUGGAGGUGGUGAUAGUGCAGCAGUUCAAGUGCAAGAUGUGUCCGUACAAAAGCGUUUCCAAAGACACGCUCAUCAACCACAUGAGGGACAAACACUUCAAGCCUGCCGGUGACGCGCCGAUGAAGCGGAAACGUGGGCGACCCCCUAAAAGCGAGACGCUGGCUCGUCAAAAAGCAGAGCGGGAGGAGGCGGAACGGAGGAGGGCAGAGGAGGCGAAGGCUGCCGUCAAACCGCAGCCGGAAGAAGAAGAGGAUGAUGAUAUCGUCGACGCUGGUGCCAUGGAUGACCCAGAAGAGGAUAGCGAUUACAGCCCAGUAGAUCAGAACAUCAAAGGAAGACCUUCAACUUGUCUGAAGAACCCCUCUACGCCCAUAUCCUCCUCUUCUCAGAGGUUUCCUCGGCGAAAGGUCGGCCGCCCGAGGAAAUACAACAUUUAUGACGAAGGCAACAGCAGCAAAGAGGCGGAAAGCGUUUCCAAGCGGUCCAGACCUAGUGGGGAUCCCUCUGCAUCCGAGGAGGCGAGCUCUUCCGGGUUGGGCCAGGUUCUGGUUGGAGAGAUUAAAGAGUAUACAGUUGAGGUAGCAAUUAGCCAAUCGGACUCUGAGAACAAAGACCCUUCAUCAAACUCCCAACCAGAGGAGGAGUUCCUCCCGAGGAAACGCGGCAGACCAUCUAAACGCUUCCUACGCAAGAAAUAUAGGAAAUAUAUAAAUCGCAAUCGGUACUAUAAAUCCCUCAAACCUCUGUUGAGACCCCACAACUGCUGGAUCUGCGGCUCACGCUUCCUGACUCAGGAGGACCUGCGCUUUCAUGUGGACUCGCAUGAAGGGAAUGACCCGGAGCGCUUCAAGUGCCUGCAGUGCAGCUAUCGCUGUAAGCGCUGGUCUUCACUGAAGGAACACAUGUUCAAUCACGAGGGGAAAAAGCCGUUCAAAUGCGAAGAGUGUGAUUACUCAAGUGUUUACAAUAAAGAUGUCCUUCGACACUCAAUAGUUCACAGCAAAGAGAAGAAAAGAAAAAAAGAGUUGGCUCCCAAGGUGUUGGAGUUCCCCUGCCCUGUGUGCAGCAAGGUGUACCCCAUGCAAAAGAGACUGACCCAGCACAUGAAAACCCACAGCUCAGAGAAACCACACAUGUGUGACAAGUGUGGCAAAUCCUUCAAGAAGAGGUACACAUUCAAGAUGCACUUGUUGACCCACAUCCAAAGUCUCGGAGACAAGUUUAAGUGUGAGUUUUGCGACUUUACGUGUGAAAACAAGAAGCAGCUGCUGAACCAUCAGCUCUCCCACACCAACGACAGGCCCUUCAAGUGUGACUACUGUAAAUAUUCCACGUCCAAAGAGGAGUUCCUGGUCUCACACAUGGCCAUCAAACACACAGGGGAAAAACCGUUCUCUUGUGACAUGUGUCACUUCACCACCAAACACACGAAGAACCUGCGUCUCCAUGUGCAGUGUCGCCACCCGGAGGCCUUUGAGGAGUGGUCACUGGCUCACCCCGAGGAGCCAGUGAGAAGACGGCGGAAACCCUUCUUCACCCUGCAGCAGAUCGAGGACCUCAAACAACAGCAUAACGACAAUCCAACAUCACCGAACACUAUAAUUACUGUGGAUCCUGAGACGCUACAAGCUAUGCAGCGCAUUGAAAAAGCUUCAGUGACCCAGGAUGCAUUGGGAAAUACAACUAUCAUCUAUGAACAUGAUGAAUCUGGUGGUCUGACUGCUCAAAAUGCCUUGGAUCUGUUGCUAAACAUGAGCAAUGCUCGGGAAGUUGUUGGAGACUCUUUGCAGGUGGCAGUGCUGAAGUCAGAAGGAAGUGAAGUUGAAAGGGCAGCAGUAAGUGCUGUGACUGUUGCACCCUGCCAAGGUCAGAAGAUCAUGACGUUUCAUGUCUCUGAGAAUGGUGAAGCGGUGCUGCAGGAGGCCUACGAGGCAGCCACCUCUGAAAGCGGGGAGCUUACCCACAUUGCUAUAGGAACCUACGAGGAUGGAGGGGAGUUCAGUGUAGUAGAAGAGUCUGCUGGAGAAAUCCACAGCCCAGCAUACAGUGUUGAUGAAAGCAGUCAGGGUUUAGAAGUCUCUGCAUCAGAGAACCUGAAAAGUGACAAGUAUUAUCUCACUUCCGCCCUGGCCGAUGGCGUACUGCAGCAAGUAGAGCUGAGCAGUGAAGCUCCAGCCUCGCCCACUGCGGUGAGCUCCCCCAGCACCAAGAGGUUUUCCUGCCGCAUCUGCAUGGAGUCGUUCAACGGUCGCUCCGACAUGGAGAACCACAAGAGGGCGCACUUGGAUCCCAACACUUUCAAGUGUCCUGACUGUGAUUUUACGUCGACCUCGUGGCCCGAAGUGAAGUCUCACAUGGGGAUGCACUCCUACCUGCGCCCCCACAAGUGUCCAAGUUGCAGCUUUGCCUCAAAGAAUAAGAAAGACUUGCGCCGGCACAUGAUGACCCACACCAACGAGAAGCCGUUCACCUGCAAACACUGCGGGCAAAGGUUUAACCGUAAUGGCCAUCUGAAGUUCCACAUGGAGCGUCUCCACAGUCAGGAUCAUCCCACUCGCAAAAGCCUCAGAAACGCGUCUCAGCAAACGAUCAUUGUGAACAGUGACGAAGAGGCCUUAGCCACCCUGCAGUCCUUGCAGGCACAUCAGACAGCGAUCACUCCAGAGCGGUUGCAGGCCCUGAGCCAGGAUCACAUUAUUGUGUCUCAAGAGCAGACGCUGUCAGACCAGGAGGAAGGUUCAUACAUCCAGCAGAUAACCACCAUAGACGGUCAGACUGUUCAACACCUGAUGACUGGAGAUAACCAAGUGGCUGAAGUUCAGUACAUCAUCUCACAGGAUGGAGUUGAGCACAUAGUUCCCCAGGAGUAUGUUGUAGUUGCUGAUGGGAACCACAUACAGAUGCCUGAUGGACAAGUCAUCCAAUACGAGCAUGAGCAACCGAUUGCUGUAAGUCAUGACGGGCAGAUCCAGUACGUACCUAUCAGCUCGGAGGCUCACAUGGUGAACGCUGAGGACCUGGAAGCUGUUGCCCAUUCUGCUGUCACAGCUGUAGCAGACGCAGCCAUGGGGCAGACGCAAACACUUUACACUGAGGCUACUCCUGAACAGCUGGAGCAGCUGCAGCAGCAGGGCAUCCCCUAUGAUGUCAUUACCUUCACCAACGAGUAGGAAUAUAAAUUUGCUGUUAGCUCAGAAAACGGUGACUUCGACUCAUAUGCAUCCUUGCAUUUACAAGGCUGUGAGCAGAAGUCUUAUCUACAAAAAAAUCAACAGCUUGUUAAAAAAAAAAAAUCACAUUUCCACACUAGUUGCUUCUAAAUUAUUAAUAGGGGCUGCACAUUUCAGAGUAGAUUGGAACAAGGUUUGUCUGUUUUUGUAAGUGUAAGAACAGUGUUUAUGAGCCUGGACUGCUUGGACUUGCAAGACAAUAUCAGCGGAAAAACGACAUGUUUUAGAAAAUGUUAAUUUGUUUUUUAGUUUUUGAGUGAAAUGAAGGGAAAAAGGGAGCGUUUAUAUUAUACCUGUAUUAAGUUAAUUGUUAGUAUGUUACAACUCACUUAUGGUAUAUUUAUGUAAAUAUUUUUUUUUCAUUAGCUUUUUGUUCUGUUAUGGAUCAUCUGUUUUAAGUUUGUAAAAAACAAUGUAUCAUAAGUUAAGAGCUAACACCAAAUAAAUCGCUUUGUGUAUAAAUGCC